CCGAUCGUCAGUAGCAAUGAUCCUGUGAUGCAGAGCGGACGUACGGAACAGACAGACUCUAGUGUACCUGCCUCUACUUUCUGGAACCUAUCCUUACGGUAUGUUGGCCUCUCGCGUGUAGUCAAACCAUCGGAGUCGGACUUUCUGGUGAUACUAUAUGCUGUAUAGUCAAGUGGUGCAUUUUCUCGCAGGUCUCUUACGGAUGAAAGGGUGUGGAACAUACCUAGAAUAGAUCAACAUCAUUUUGAUAUACAUUGUCAGGAUUAUCGAAAAGGAAUUUUCUUCAUAUUAAACUCAUCGAUGAUCAUGACCUCAAUGUACACUUCGAAGUCUGUUGGCAUUGUUUAUACUUCUAAAACUUUAUGAAGCGGUGUCAUCUUUAAAAAAUCGAUUCCAAUACCAAAUGAAAUACCGAUACUAACUGCUUUAGCCUGAGACUCUCAACGACAUUAUUCGAAAACAGCAAAUACGUUACCUGCGAGAGGAAUUUAUUCAACUCGCAGACACAUUAAUCAUCACAAAAAGCACGUGCAAGGCCAUAAGGCAUAAAUAAUAUUAUUUCCAUGGCCAUUGUAAACGAUUUGGAGCUUUAAAUUUAGUUUUCGCCGGUUUUACCAGAUUUAAACAGCUUUCACAGACUGAAGAACAAGAUUGUCAAAGAUGUUGCCAUCAAGCGUCGGCCGGACAUCGGCCUGCCGUGUGGCAUCCAUGGCUCAACAGAUCCUCCACAGACAAGUUAGUACAAUGGUUAGCUCGGAACAUACAGAAGACGUCAAACCCUUUGAUCAGAUCCCAGGACCUAAAGGAGUACCCUUCUUUGGAUCACUUUUUGACUACACUGGCCUUGGCCCCUACAAGUUGGACAAACUUCACGAAGCUACUGUAGACAGAUUCCGCAACUUUGGACCGAUCUUCAAGGAGACUCUGGCAGGUGUCACGCAUGUCCACAUCAUCGACCCUACAGAUGUCCGGGAACUUUUCAGGAACGAGGGGAGGAGUCCAAAGAGAACGCCUAUAGAUGCUAUGGUCAAAUACAGGCAGACAAGGAGCAGACACAUUGGCAUGGCAAACACAGAGGGGGACGAAUGGCAGAAGCUUCGGAAACCAGUUCAGCAUCUCUUGAUGAAGCCUCACAGCGUGAAUGCUUAUAUUCCCAUCAUGGAAGAAUGUGCCGAUGACUUUGUGACGCUGAUGAGGGAAACACAAGACAUGGAAUCUAAAGAAGUGCCCGAUUUCAACCACAAAAUGCAAAGAUGGACGUUAGAAUCCACAUGUGCCAUUGUCUUUGACACAAGGAUGGGGUGUCUGAACACCGGUCUUGACAACAACCCUGAAGCCUUAGAGAUGAUCGUCUCGGUGUCCAACUUCUUUGACAGUCUCAAAGACCUUACUUUCAGCUUUCCCUUCUGGAAGUUUGGUAUCACCACAAAGGCAUGGACGAAGUUCACAGAGGCACAGGACUACUUUUUCGGAAUGUCGAAAAAGUAUGCCACAUUAGCACUUGAAAGGAUGAAGACAGCUGUCGGCACUGGAACUCAAAAUUCUGAAGGAACUUUUCUGGAAUGCCUACUGGCCCGGAGAGACUUUGAUAUUGAUAGCCUAUGUGAUCUCAUGAAUGAUCUCAUGAUUGCAGCAGUUGAAACGACAGCGAGCACUCUGGCGUUUAACCUGUACUGCUUAGCUAAGAACCCUGAUGUCCAAGAGAAGGUGUUUCAAGAGAUCAACGAAGCUAUACCACCAGGAACAAAAAUCACUGCAGAGUCAUUGCAGAAUCUUCCUUACCUCAAGGCUUGCAUAAAAGAAACUGUCAGGGUCUUCCCAACUGUUGAUGGAACGAACAGAAUACCAUCGAGAGAAAUUGCCCUUGCUGGUUACAAAAUCCCUCCGGAUACAAUCGUCCGAAUCCACUGCAUUGCCGGGCUCAUGGAAGAGUACUUUCCUUCACCAGAGAAAUACAAACCUGAAAGAUGGCUGAGGGGGGAUGCAGAGUGUGAGAACAUUGAUCCCUAUCUCAUCCUCCCAUUCGGUCAUGGUUCCAGGAUGUGUACGGGUAGGCGGAUGGCUGAACAGGACCUAUACAUCAUGCUCAUCAAGAUCAUUCAGAACUUCAAGAUUGAGUGGCACCAUGAGGAAGACAUGGAACUUAUCUUCAGACUCACAAAUGUUCCUGACAGGCCUGCACAGUUCCGAUUCAUCAGUAGAACAUGAUAUUUUCUAGAAACCAACUAGAACUAUGUACCUGUCUACCAUCUUGUGUCUGUUUGAACAUUAUGUGACAAACCUAGUUAACAACAAUCCACCUCUGUUCUCAAUCAGAGCACAUCAGAUGAAACCGAUGAAGCAUCAAUCAUGCAAGCAGAUGAUUUGAUGAUAUGUCAGAGGUUCAAAGACAAUCGGUUCAUUAAGCAGUGGUUUUUUUCUUGAUGUGUUGCUAACUUUUCAGCGUCGAUUGUGGCCUUCAGGAUAUCAAAGUUUGUUUGCAGUGUUGCCCACAAGACCUCAUG